AUGGCGAAGAAGACUCACAUGGAUCUGAAACCUUCAAACGUGGUGGUCAACGGAGACGGCGACGCGAUCUUGAUCGAUGUCAGCGCCAUUGGUGGAAUCACACAUGAGUGGCGAGCACCGGAAUUCAGGGACGAAAUUGAUACACUAGACCUCUCACCCCAAGUGCUGCCGGAGCUCCUUGAAAAAUAUACGAGGUUGAUGGAAGAUGUCUGUGAUGAAGAUGAGUUUGAUGUCUCUGAGGAAGCAGAGCAAGAUCUUCAAGAUUGGGCUAUGGAGCCCUUCCUUGAGAUAUUCGAGAAACUCAAACUUCUAAGUCACUGGCAAGACCGUGUGACACUUCAGGACUACCUUACCCCUGAAACUUAUCGGUAUCAAAUAUAUGGCCAAGAGGGGAGGAUUCAGCCUGUCUUAGACUAUGCGGUCCCUGGUGAACAGAUGUCAGAUGGAAUCGCGAUCAGCCAGGAAAAACUAUCUCCAAAAUGGCUUUCACUUUACCCAGAAGACAUAGAAAUCGAACACCCAAGCGUUGAUGAGGCAAUUUCUCGAUUCCCAAGAAAGGUUUCUGUUAAAGGAACUUUUUAUCACUUCAAGCCAAUCUACACGGGAAAUCAGUUAGCGGCUUUACGAGAAAUCGACAUCUACAGGAGAGUAGAAGAAGUCUUUUCUGAAGAAGAGAUCAGAGUUCCAUUCUUGCAUGAUGUUGUUCGAGACAAAGAUAACCCAGUGGUAAUUGGGUUUCUUCUUUCGUGGAUUGAAUGUGGAAAUGAGAACUUGGAAUGCAUUCUAAACUCCGAGUCGGAAACGCUGUCCCUCCCAAGAGAACAGUGGUGGAGGCAGAUAUCUCAUACAAUCAAAAGAUUACAUGAGGCUGGUAUCGUUUGGGGUGAUGCCAAAGCGGCCAAUAUUUUGAUCGAUAGUAGGAGCAAUGAUGCUUGGAUCAUCGAUUAUGGAGGUGGUUUUACAAAUGGCUGGGUUAAAGAAUCACAAAUAGAGACGGUUGAUGGGACCUGGCAGCUCUUUCAAAAAUAA